CCUGACAGCUGGGCCUCGGCCGCUCUCGUCUCGGCCGCGUCCCGGGCCGCCGCUGGUGACCACUCGCCGCGCCGCCGGAGGCUUCACCCGCGCCCUCCCUCAGGACGCGCCCGCGGAGCUCGGGCGCCUUCGCCCCGGACCCGGAGGCCGCGCUGCGCGGGGCGGCGGCGAGGCCGGAAGAUGGCCUGGGUGCUCAAGAUGGACGAGGUCAUCGAGUCCGGGCUGGUGCACGACUUCGACUCCAGCCUGUCGGGCAUCGGGCAGGAGCUGGGCGCCGGCGCCUACAGCAUGAGCGAUGUGUUGGCAUUGCCCAUUUUCAAGCAAGAAGAUUCCAGCCUUUCCUUGGAUGGCGAGGCCAAGCACCCCCCUUUUCAGUAUGUGAUGUGUGCUGCAACUUCACCAGCUGUGAAACUGCAUGAUGAGACACUCACGUACUUGAACCAAGGCCAGUCUUAUGAAAUUCGGAUGCUGGAUAAUCGCAAAAUGGGAGAUAUGCCUGAGAUCAGUGGGAAGUUGGUGAAGAGCAUCAUAAGGGUAGUGUUCCACGACAGACGGCUACAGUACACAGAGCAUCAGCAGCUUGAAGGCUGGAAAUGGAAUCGCCCAGGGGACAGACUUCUCGAUUUAGAUAUUCCAAUGUCUGUGGGAAUAAUUGACACAAGGACAAAUCCAAGCCAGUUAAAUGCAGUUGAAUUUCUGUGGGACCCUGCAAAGCGCACGUCUGCCUUCAUUCAGGUACACUGCAUCAGCACAGAAUUCACUCCACGUAAGCAUGGAGGUGAAAAGGGAGUGCCUUUUAGGAUCCAGGUUGAUACCUUUAAGCAGAAUGAAAAUGGAGAAUACACAGAUCAUCUUCACUCAGCUAGCUGCCAAAUCAAAGUCUUUAAGCCUAAAGGUGCAGAUAGGAAACAAAAAACUGACCGAGAAAAGAUGGAGAAGAGAACACCUCAUGAAAAAGAAAAGUAUCAGCCAUCUUAUGACACCACCAUCCUCACAGAGAUGAGGCUUGAGCCUAUAAUUGAAGAUGCAGUUGAACAUGAGCAGAAAAAGUCCAGCAAGCGGACUUUGCCAGCAGACUACGGUGAUUCUCUGGCAAAGCGAGGCAGUUGUUCUCCGUGGCCUGACACCCCCACAGCCUAUGUGAAUAACAGCCCUGCCCCAGCGCCCACCUUCACCUCCUCACAACAGAGCACCUGCAGUGUCCCGGACAGCAAUUCUUCAUCCCCAAAUCACCAGGGAGAUGGAGUUGCACAAGCAUCUGGGGAGCAAAUCCAGCCUUCAGCUACAACCCAGGAAACACAGCAGUGGCUGCUCAAAAACAGGUUCUCUUCCUACACAAGACUGUUUUCUAAUUUUUCAGGUGCCGACUUAUUAAAACUGACAAAGGAGGAUUUAGUUCAGAUUUGUGGUGCAGCCGAUGGAAUUCGGCUCUAUAAUUCCCUGAAGUCAAGGUCGGUUAGGCCUCGCUUAACCAUCUAUGUCUGCCAGGAGCAGCCGAGUAGCACUGUGCUGCAAGGGCAGCCACAAGCUGCAGGCAGUGGAGGCGAGAACGGCAGUGGGACACCUUGCGUUUAUCAUGCAAUCUACUUGGAAGAAAUGGUUGCCUCAGAAGUUGCUCGAAAACUUGCCUCGGUGUUUAAUAUUCCUUUCCACCAAAUUAACCAGGUUUACAGACAGGGCCCCACUGGUAUCCACAUUCUUGUUAGUGACCAGAUGGUUCAGAACUUCCAAGACGAGAGUUGUUUUUUAUUCUCCACAGUGAAAGCUGAAAAUAAUGAUGGUAUUCACAUAAUUUUGAAGUGAUACCUUAUGCAGACUGAACUCUGUCCAGUACCAAAUAAAGUCAUGCUUAAAAGUGUGUGAAGACUGAAUCCAAGAAGUCUUGAGAUUGGAUUUUACUGUGAAAUGUUUCAUAUUGAAAACACAAGAUGACCUUCCUAAUGAGCUGUAGGAGAGACAAAUCUCCUCAUUGUCACUGCCACAGCCCAGCGCCCUCACGAGAGCGAGCACAUCAGUCGACAUGUCGUCAGCUUCCGGCCAUGGUGUGGGUACAGUACCCACUGUCCUAGCAGGAGCCAGCGGCGGAGUUCCCAGGAGGAGUCUCUCUGGCUUUUGACACUGUAUGCGGUUUGAAAUGAAUGUAAAACUCAACCGUGGGCAUUUACCUUUCUGUGCCAGUUUGGCUUUUGUUGCCUGACCCUUCUGCUGACCUGGAGGAGAUAGGGUGUGUUCUCGUUGGGGAGCUGCGCUGACAGCAGCGUUGGUCAGGUAAGGGGCUGAGCACCUCCGCAGAGGCAAUCAUGUCUGAAGGUGUACAUCCCAGGGGAUCAUGCCAGACCAGGGAAGAGCCAAGCAGAGAUGAGCAAACUAUCAGCAGUACCUUGGUGUGAGGUCAGUGUAAACCCUAAUAGGUACAAAAAGACUUGAGUGUUUGGCUUUUGCUUCCAUUUUUAGCAUUUUAAUUUCCAAAUUUCACCUUUUGAAACCUCCUUGCCUUUUAAACUCAUGUGGUUUCCUUUUCUCACCUCCCCCUGUCCUCCAGCCUCCUAGUAGCUGGGACUCCAGGUGUGUACUCGCUUGUUUUGUGCCUGGCUCUGUUGUUAAACAUGUUUAAAGCCCUUCCCCAGACAUUAGAACUAGGUGAUGUAACGGGGGAAACAAAGUGUUAUUGUUGAUAGCUUCUCACUUGGUGUUUGAAUGAGAUGAAAGUACCCAUGGAAACACUAGAUGUCACAACAAGACACUAAAAUGUACCAUUACCCUUUCCUCCCCUCCCAUGCUGAGUUUCAAUACAAUCAUGGCUGUACACUCUGGUGAUUAGUCGGGCUAUUAGGGUGUUCUGUAACAGAUGUGCCUCUACAGGGUCACAUGCUCGCACGCCGCUCUCCAAGGGGAUCUGCAGCUUUCCCUCCCGCCACUGUCAUUACUCCCUCACCAUCUCUCCAGCGUUCAGCAAACUUUUCAUGAGGCCUGUGGCAGAUCUGAGUUUUACAAAGCUUUUUCCAUUUUAAUUAUGUAGCAUCUCUGCCCGUUUGCUCAGCUACUGACUGUGAGUGUCUGACCUUGUUCAGGUGGGCAGGAAUGACUGCUUCAGGGGGUGAAGGCUUUAACAUCCUGCGUUGUAGUCAUAAUGGGGGUUAAUUAUUUGCCACAAACGCUAACCUCUGUUUCAAUAUUUUCACCUUGGGCUUGGCAGUGCUGUAGCUCUGCAGGCCCUUUAGGAGGGGCCCAUGCCCGUCUGUCCUUCCCUUUGCUUUUGUGAGACCACAUGCUUUCUGUACCAGUCACUUACUUGGAAAGAAGUGAAUUUAUCUAAUUGUUUUUAGAGUUUUGCUUGUCUGUUAGCUUCCUUUUUUGGAUCUCAUGAUUUAUGGAACAAUAAAUGUCAUCUAAUGCUGUGUGCUAUUUUGAAUUCCUUAUCAGGUUUUAGAAGUGGGGUGAGAGUACUUACAAGCUCCUCAGACUUGAAAUUGUGCUGAGCAGGACAUAGUGAAACUGUGCAGAACCCACAGCACCAGCAGUUUGCUACUUUGGUUAAUAGGAUGUACAGUUCGGUCUAAUAAAUGUUUUCUGAUUGUUUUGUAAA